CUGAUACUAAUACAGUGCUUUACGGCGCGUGAGUACUUUGGUUUGAAGUUAAAAAUGGCGACGCAUACUUGCCGUCCCAUCAUAGUUGGAUGCGACUAAGCAGAGGUUUCAUCAAAACAUGAAGGAAAUAUUUAUUAUCAGGUGACAGCAACUGCGUGGCCAAUUUUCAAAGAUGAUUGGCCGACGCUGUGCUCUCAUCGCUUUGGGCGGUCUUUUGAUUCUUGUCCUUAGCGUCAAUGUAUAUUUUAUUCGAAUGAUUGUAGAGAGCUCGUCGCACAAAACUUCUUCUAAAGGCAUGCCUAUUUCACAAUUAAAGCCGGAACAGGAACAGUUAAUAUCUCAAGCGGAACAAAAUUUACAAGUUUCGCAAAAAUCAGUUGCGAAAGAUAUGAUAAAAAAGAUUAAAGAGGAGAUACAGUUAUUACCGUCAAGAUAUUUUAAGCAAAAUACUAGCUACGUAAUAGUAUUGGAAAGAUUAUUUACUGAAUUAAGGAUAAUGCCUAAUGCUGUUCAAAAAAAUAUAUGGAGUAUACCUAACAAUAAUUGGCCUGAUGCCCAUCAGUUAAUACCACCGGUUGCGCCUGAAUUAGGAACAAUUUUAGAUAUCUUGCGUAAAUCAAAAGUGAUGCGUGCAGAUAACGCACCACUUGGUACGCAAUUGAAAUUGAUGCUAACUUUAGAACACGGAACGAAGGCGAUGUUCAAGCCUCAAUGGUAUUCUAGGGACGCUAUUAUUCGAGGACCUGUUUAUCAUGGAAAAGAUCGACACAAUGCCGAAGUAGUAGCGUUCUAUUUAUCUUCCUUACUGGCCUUAAGAAGAGUGCCGCUUACUGUUAUAAGAAAACUUGACUUAAGGAAUGAAAUUCGGCCUCGUGCAACUCCUGAACUUUAUGCUACUAUGUAUCAAGAUGGUAAUGAUACUUGUUUGUAUGGUGUUUGUCAUUAUUGCUCUCCCGUGGAUCCAGUGUGUGGAGUAGGAGAUAUUUUAGAAGGUGCUUUAAUUUCUUGGUUACCACGAUAUCUAAGACUUGUAAAACAUCGUCAUCCAUGGCAAAGGACAUAUAAAAAAAACAAGCUUGCAGCAUGGGAAACAGAUGAUAACUAUUGUGAAAAAGUGAAAGACACUAAAGCAUAUUCUCCGCAAUCGUCGAGCAGGCUUUUAGAUUUAGUAGAUACUGCGAUUUUUGACUUUUUGAUGGAUAAUGGUGAUCGUCAUCAUUACGAAUUAGCACAGAAUAAUUUUCAUAAUCCAGCUGUGUUGUUAAUUGAUAAUGGGAAAAGUCUUGGAAAUCCUGAUGUAGAUCAUUUUGAUAUUUUAGCACCUUUGUAUCAGUGUUGUAUGAUUCACAAAACUACAUGGGAUCGUUUGAAAUUAUUUAGUGGUGGUACAUUAAGCAUAGCUCUUGCAAGACUUGCUGCUCAUGAAUCCGUAAUGGCUGGUGUUCAACCCCUUAUUACAGAAGCUCAUUUAAGUGCCAUGGAUAGAAGACUACUUACUAUUUAUGCAGUUGUAGAAUAUUGUUUGAAAAAUAAGAAGUAUGCUUCCAACGUUAUUUUAGACCAUCGGUAGCCUAUAUAUAUAUAUAUAUAUUUUAUCCAAUAUUUAGUAUGAACUUUAAUGCUUAAGAUGUUAGGAACACAUUCAUAUUUUAUAAAUGAUAUAGGUGCAAACAAUACUUUUGUAAUGUCAUUCCAGUAAAGUUCGUUGAAAUUUAAGACUUGGUAAAAUAUUGCUGGAUUAUUUAUAUUUACUACUUAAUACUCUUAUUACUUCAUAUUUAUGCACAAGUACAGUGUAUGUAUAUCUUUGAUCUAAAUAAAACAGCUUUGCCUAU